CAGAGCACUAGUUUGCUGGCAGACUGCAACUUCUGUGAAGGAGACCAUUCAAAGGUGGAAUCCAAAACGCAAGUGGAUUGGGAUAAACUAUACCAAGAAGCUCCUUUACAAUACUAGAGGGAUCCAGGGAAAGUUUUUUCUUCAUUCUUCCCUAGUGGAGUUUGCAAUAUUGUUUUGGAAACAUGUGUUGUGGAGGGUGUGCAAAGUGCAUUGGAGUUACCCUCAUUCCUCUGGCUGUGCUAUGCACCCUUGCUAAUAUUUUGUUGUUUUUCCCCGGAGGCACACCUGUAUCCUGGGAAAAUAUUACAGAUGAAGUCCGGUUGUUUGGAGGGAUCCUAGGUUCUGGUGUAUUGAUGGUGUUUCCUGUCUUGGUCUUUCUGGGUCUUAAGAAUAAUGAUUGCUGUGGAUGCUGUGGUAAUGAAAGCUGUGGAAAGAGGUUUGCGAUGUUUACUUCUAUAAUAUUUGCAGCUGUGGGAAUUGUGGGUGCUGGAUACAGCUUUAUUGUGUCAGCUGUUGCUCUGAAGAGAGGCCCGAAAUGUGAGUUUGUGAACAAUACCAUCACAGAAUGGAAGUAUCCAUUUGAUAACGGGAACCAUGACAUGCGGAAUGAUUGCCCGUCGCCAAACCACAUCGUGCCCUGGAAUUUUACUCUCUUCUCUCUGCUGCUGAUAAUGAGUGGAAGUCAAAUGGUGCUCUGUGCCAUUCAAGCUAUCAAUGGACUCUUUGGAACACUCUGUGGGGACUGUAAAAGUUGUGGAUGCUGUGGGGGCGAUGGAGCAGUUUAAAGCAUAUGGAGACUGGAGAAAUCACCUCUUACAAGGCAAAGAAUGUCCUUCCAGACAUACCUCUUUAGAUGAUGGGCCAAGUCAAGGGCCUUUACACACUAAGCAUGUCUAGAAUGAAGGGUAUUUAUAAGGAACCCUGACUGCAUUUUUCCUUUUCACAUCUUCCAAUGAGUUUAGCAACUCUUCAAGCUAGAUAGCUGAGGUGAGAAACAUUUUUCAUCCCAAGGACCACAUUCAUUCCCUCUUCAUCCCGUCUCCCACCACCACCACCACCAUUGAUGCAGACACAUAUUCACUCCCCACAACAAUUUGGCUUGAAAAAAUUGUUUUAGCUUUUUUGAAGCCUAAUUGCCAGACUGGGUGGCCUUUCUGGAGAUUGCAGUUGGGGACAGAAGCAAACCUGUCCCAAUUGCAACCCCUCCUCCUAAUUCCGCCCACACUGCUGUAAGGCUUGUUUAAGCCUAAUUGCAGUAUGGGAGAGGCAGUGAAAGGAGGAAUGCUGCAUGCCAGAUUGGGAGGUCCCAAGAGCUAGGGUUUUAGAGAGUUAGGGGAGAACACAGGCAGAAUUUAAUAAUAAGAAAAAGACCAUUGAUUUUUGUCUACUUUGAUACUACUGAAGGAGUAGAACUUCUGACCUUAAAAUGGCAGCAAGACAACCCAUACAUACCUGUCUGCUCUUCUUUCCCUCAGGCUGCAGAAAUUACUUUUAUGUGAAUACCAACCCCCCACAAGCACAUAUAAAUCAGGAGUGGGGACUUUUUUCAGCCUGAGGCCAUAUUCCAUUCUGGACAACCUUCCAAGGGCCAAAUACCAGUGGAUUACUCGGCCAGAGGCAUAAGCAAGUGGAGCAAUGGAUGUCAAUGUCAUCUUUGUACAGUAGGCUAGUUUCUACACAUAACCCUCUGUCCUCCACCCAGACAAGCAAGAGUUCAGGGACCCAUUCCAGCCAGGCAACAACAGACUAAGAGGGUCUUAGAGCAUUCCAAGGCCUGGAGAGAAUUCCAGGGGCCAGAGAAAGAGGCAUGAAGGGCUACAUUUGGCCCCCAGUUUGAAGGUUCCCACUCCUGCUAUAAAACUGACCUAUGCUGAGUCUUGGUUGCCAAGUGGGAAGAUGGCAACCCUCAUGCUUCUAGACUUGUAGCAUCAUUGUAGGCUUCCUGACUGGAUUGGGCAUGGCCAGUCUGAUUAACCCAGCUCAUAUUCAGAGGAGAAGGCCAGGAUUUAUAGACUCUGAACCCAAAGGAGGCUUUUGUGCUCUUUGAUUGUUACACAUCCAGAGGAGUUUAGCAGAGGCAGCAUUUCCUGUCCACAGCAUUGCUGGGAGAAAAGAAGCCACAGGUGCUGCUGUUGCACCUUCCUUGCCACAUGUGUGUUAAAGGCACAGAGUCUUUUUUUUUAAUGGCUUUGAGCUCGUAAGGGUUGUCAGCUUAUUUCUGACUUUGCUUCUGUGCCUUUUAAAACAAUGAUGCAAAGAACUUCUGUGAGGAGAGCCUCCCUCCCCCUCAACAUGAGGAAAAAGUGAUUGGUGCAGGGCAAGAAGACUUCAGCUUUCUGUGGCUUUCAAGACAGGAGCAAAACCAGAGGGAAAAGUCUGUCAGCUCUCGCCAAACAUAUUUAUCAACAUAUGCUAACUAUUAGCCGACUAUCUGCUAAUUAUUAGCAGCUAAUACAACUUCAGCUAUUAUAUCAUUACUGCCCUUGAUUUACUUUAUGCUCAUGGAAUUACAGUUCCACAAGCCUGUGUCUUUUAGUAUUUCUUUGUAUAUAUUAAUAUUAAUACAUUUUUUGCUGGAGGAAAAAUCUGCAAAUCAUUAAAAAGUUUACUUUUUUCA